UAAAGUUAUAGAUUCUUAUUAUUUAAAUAUGGACCAUAAAGAUUGUGACCAUUCAACUUGCAAUGCCACUAGUCCAAAUGAAUCUGUGCGACAGACAUUAUCAGAGAUGGAUUGGGAGAGGAGUAUAUGGAAUGCAGCUUUCUCGGGAGAAACAGACAGAGUGCAGUCACUGAUCAAUAAGUCAAGAAAUCCAAAGGACUUAGUUAACAGUGAGGACAAAUCUGGUUACACAGCAUUGCAUUAUGCUGCACGUAAUGGACAUGUUGAUAUCUGCAGCAUUCUGGUGGAGAAUGGAGCAUGUAUUAAUUACCCAACUCGAUGUGGAAAUGCCACACCCUUACAUAAAGCAGCAGCUGCAGGUAAAGAGGAAACAGUGAAAUAUUUAAUUCAGCAUGGAGCACUACUGGAUUUGCAAGAUGCUGAUGGCACUACAGCUCUACAUAAAGUGGUAGAAAAUAAAAAACAAAAUCUAGUUAAAAUUUUGCUUGAUGCUUGUCCUAAAUUAGCAGAUAUAAAAGAUAAUAGGGGAAACUUGCCUUUUGUAUAAUAUGAUUUUUGCAAAAAUUUAAACCUACACUUUGCACAUUAAUUUAUUAUGAGCAAUUAUUUAUUUUGAGAGUGGGUAAUUUUUAAAAAAAAAAUUACUUGCAUGGUUAGGAAGCAGACCUUUUAUGUAUUGGUUAGAAUCUUAGAUUGUCCAGUUGGUCUGUGGAAUUAACAAUUUAUGAAUUUGUAUUCUAGAUAUAAUCAUUGCAACAGGAGUUCAUCAAGCAUUGUCACUUAGCAUCAUGCGUGAUUGCAGUUAAGCGUUUGCAUAUACAUAACUACCGCAGUUAACCCGCGCUACAGAUGUUCAGUUUUAUUCAAACAGAAUUGUAAUAAAACUGCAUGUUUGUAGCAUGCAUAGAUUGAAUAUAAGAAAUAUAUCUAUGGUAUGGUAGCACGGGUUAGUAUUACUGCUGUAUUGAGGUCUGAAAGAUAUGGUUGCUAGAAAAAUUACAGGCAAAUUAGGUUCAAUUUACACGCCUGUUUCUGUUACAUGAGUAUGAGUCAGUGUUUCUUGCAUGCUAUGCAAAGUGUUCUCUAUUAUAUGCACUAUUUUACUUAAUAUUUAGAUGUCUUAUUUUAUUUAUUUAUUAUUACUAGACCAACUUACACAUCUGAACAUAUUCAAAACAAAUAAUUCCUUAAGGAAACUUAUCUAAUUUAUCAAGAAUUUUAGGUUUCUGGCAUUCCAAUUGUGGAUAUGUUAUUAAGAUUAAUAAUGUUUUGUACAUGUUUAUUAUUAUCUCGUAUUAAUUACCUAACAGUCAAUUAUUUUGACAUUAUCAAAAAAUAAUUAACCUUGCUAUGCAAUAAAUGUUGAUUGAAUACAAAAUUACUGGAGUUGUGCAAAUUUUUGAAACUAUAUUGUCUUUAUUAUGUCUUUAAUAAUGUUGUAACUUAUUUUUCACUUUUACAUAACAUUAAGUGUUAUCUUUGAACCAUUUUUAUCAAUACUCGACCUAUAAUAUAAUAUAAAUAAAAAAAGAACAUUUUAAUAAUCAUAAUUUAUUUAUUUAGGCAUUGAACAACCCUGUAUAUUUACAUAACUAAACUGUUACAUACCAUAUGUACCUACUUUAUAAUUCAAAGAUCAUGAAGAAUUUCAGUUUCACUAACUUAUUAUGUACUCCAAAUACUAAAACUAUUGUUAAAAAUAUAUUGUAUUUUUAGUAAUUCAGGCCUACAGACUUUCAGUUUUAUCUAAUAGAAAUUUCGAAAAUUUAAAAUCAAAAUCAGAAAAAACUAGUUAAAACUGACGGACACUACACACGUACAAUUUUAUUGUCAGUUCGACUGAGUUAAAUCUGCACGUCUGUAGCACGGGUAAUGCGAUUUACUAGUAAAGUCUAAUGGCCUGUCAUGGCUAGAUGUUCGUCAUUUUUAUAAAAACUGAAAAUUUGUCUGCUUAAGCUCCUACCAUAAGCAUGUUAAGCAACAAUAUAGUGUUAUGAUUGUGGUGGCUUUCGGAGAUAGUAGGUUUCUUUAACAGUUUUUUCCGAAGGGUUGCCUGGAUGCUGAUUGGCUAUUGGAGAAAUGAUUUCUCAAUAUACCAGGGAAUAUAAAAAAAAAGUAUUUUUAAAAUUAACAUUAUUUUUACGUUGUCUGUGGACCCUUAAAAACUGUUACCCUUUAAAGCCACUACGAUCCCAACUCCUUAGUUCUCUAAUUAAUUUAACCAUGAUAGGAGCAUGGAUUGACUUCUGGUCUUGAAACUUCUUCUGAACUUCCAAGGUCUGGUUAUAAUACUUUCUCAAUCUAGUAAGACCUAUUUAGAUUUCUAAAAUAUAAACAUAUGAUGUUUGUGCAACAACAAAUUGUGUUAUAUAUUUAUCUAAACAAUCCUAAUUUUAUAGUUGGUACCUAUAUAUUCUCGUAUAGUACGUAUAACGAGGGAGACAAUAUAUGUUAACAACUUGGCCGUUACUAAGUUACAUGCGAAAGCGAGCGAGCGUUAUCUCUGUCCUUAUCAUUCACAAGCAAUCAUGUUGUCAAUCUGUUUACAUACUUUAUCUCGCCUCGUUAAACAUACUAUAGAUUAUCUUAACUUGACAUGUCAACGCAUUCACACGAUCACGUGCGUCAGUUUUUCUUGACACGAUCGAUUUGAUUUGAUAUGAUUUAUGCACCUUCAAGAUUAGAUUACUAGGCAAGCGCUACUUCAUCAUAGCUUUCCAGGCAUGAUGUAGUCAAGUGAAAGUCCAUUUCAUAUUAAAAAAAAUGCUUAUGCAGUGUCUGAACAACAUAAGAUGACAUUUUCAUUUUCAUAUAACUAUAACACAGUGUAAAUGUGUUGACGUAGUUAAAAUGUAUUAAUCAAACCGCGAGGCGGGAUUAUAUUUGUCUGUCGUGACGUAUUAGAAGAGAAUCGAUAUGAUACAUUUUGUAUGGCAACGCUUACACUUAUGUGUUGUGACAUGUCGUGAUGGCUUCUGAUGUGUCGCAUUCGAAAUGUAUGAUACCGAUUCUGUUCUGAUACGUUACGACACGACACGUCAGACAAAUAUAAUUCCGCCUUGACAGUCCUCGCCCGCGCGGUGUAGGGAUGUAGAGCUGCGAUUCCCAAAGUGGGUUCCGUAUAAAUAAUUUAUUUAAUAUCACAGAUUGGUGUGCGUGUGUAUACAACUAUCAGACAUAAUAUUGAACUAUAAAGCAAUAUUAUUUAUUGACAAAAGGGUCAUGAUGUAGAGAAUGGUAACAAGCAAGCGAAAGGAGCGGACUAUCAAUGUCUUUCCUCUGUCACUCCUCUUAUCGUCAUAUCAAUGGCGUGCACUUCAUAGAUGCAACACAGCACUGCCUACCCUAAGGACUCGAUACAAACCUAUGUUAACCACAGAAUACGUAUUAUUAACAAGAAAUUUUACAAUUUUCUUUAUAGUGCACACUCUAGUUAAAAACAUUUAGGCCACUGCACUCCUUUAACGCGCGUGCGAGGACUCAUUUACCUGGUUGCUUGAAAUAUAAUUAUCUUUAUUGUUUUUGUAUUAGACAUGUACAGUUAUUCUAUUUUAAGAAGAACGGUUUUUGCCUUUGAUAUAGUUGGUAAGGGGACAAUACAAACGCGUUUGUGCAAACUAAAGGUUAAAGGAAAUUUGAACGCAUUGUUAAAUCAUUUAGAAUGAUACAGGGGGGAUGUGUGACAUCGGAACCCUUUUACCGAAAAGAUUUUGCUUAGCAACUAUUUACAUAUGAUAAUUUAUAAAUACAAUUCUUUGCUGUAAGUUACAAAUGGAAUAUCACAAAAAAGGGGAGAAAGACCAAAAAAUGCUUAGAGUGUGAAAGAAGAUUAUAUCAUGUUAGUAAAAGGACAAACUAAUUCAUUGUCUAUGUAUGUAAAGUCUGCCAAUCCGCAUUUGGCCAGCGUGAAGGACUAAGGCCAAAGCCCUCUGAUUCUGAGAGGAGAAUCGUGCUCAGCAGUGAGCCGAAUAUGGGUUGUUAAUGAUGAUGAUGAUGAAAAGGACUAGAUGAUGAGUUGUCGUAUGAUAAAAGGGAAUGGAAAAUAAUGACUUGUUUUGUUGGCCACACUUAGGUUGGAUAAGUAUAAGGAGAUGAUAAUUUCUCCUUUGCUGUCACUUCUUUACAGUCACUACGUCUAUAAACCUAAAUAUUUAUUACAAGCCGUCUCUCAGAAAUAGAAUAUCUGUACUUAGAAUAAAGCAACUUCAAUUACGAUAAACAUUUAUAUUAAUCCUAAUAUAUAAGAUGCAUAAUUGCAUAUAUGUGUAGAUUGCACCUUGUAUGCGUCACUGUGUGUUAGGGCUUUAUCAUACUAGCGGUUUGCGAGCGGCUGCGGAGCGGAACGGUCGCACAGCGAAUACGCCGCGAACACGCCGCGACUGUACAGCGAGGACGUCGCGGAGGCGUGGCAAAUACGCAAUGUUUCCGUCGCGAUUUUGUAGCGAAUCAACGACGUACAAUACAUUUCAUAACAAAAUGGAUUCUGACAAGAAAACAGUGCUGUUGGAGACGAAAUCGAAAGCAUCGACGAAUUUAGGAAGAUCCAUUAACUAUUACUCAAAUGAAAGAGAGCUAUUUUGUGUCGUUUUGCAAACGAAUUAAAAAAUAAUUAAAAACAUCUGCUAAAAACUGACUUAAGACAUGAAGGCACUCAUUUGAAAUUACCAGUGUCAACUGAAGAAAGGCCCGUAAAUACUAUAAGAAAUUUAUUACUAUUCUGCAAAAAAAACCCUAUAAAUUGUUCUUGUCAUAAACAAUUUGUACGCGACAGUACAAAAUGGCUAUUUGCUUAUGAUUCGCUUCGUUUAUGAUGCUAUCUUGUUACGCGGCUGCAACGAAUCCGCUGCGCAUGCGUGGUGUGUUCGUUGCGCGCCCGUAACGUAUUCGUUACGUGCCCGCACCGCUUUGAGGGCGCUCGCAAUCCGCUAGUAUGAUAAGGCCCUUACUGUUGAGAUUAUACAAUAUAUCUCACACACGUAAAAAUAACUAUCACACUAAUAUUAUAUCUUAUAAUAAAGUCUAUAUAUAAAUAGUUAGUUACAUUAUGAAAUCGACAUCUAUUCUUGUCAGAGGAAGAGUAUUCAAUUAUGUAAUAUACAUAUUAUAAUUUGUUAAUAUAAAUAAAUAAAUAUAUUUUUUGUCAUUAUAGGAAACGGAAGAUAGUCUGUAGGCAUCACUAUAUGUAGUCUCCAAAUAAUCGAAAGUGUUUUAUAUUUUUCACUAUUAAUGUACACCUUUGUACUGUUUAGAUAUUUGAUCUUGCAAUAAAAACAAUAAUAAUAAUCAA